AUGCGCCUCCUCCGAUGGGACAUCAUCACAUCAGUGCCCUCGAUUUUUGUUUGUCUUGCACAAGGCGCCGCGGCGUCCAUUACGAAUCCGCUUGCAGCCGUACCCACGCAGGAGCUGGACAUCCCCAGUAGAGAUGUGGGCACACAUGAUGAAUGCGCCGAGGCAGAGUCCGACAAAGACGGCACAUGCUUCCUCAGCGCAUCGCACUUGUAUAGCAAGAGAAGGGCCAGGCGCGUGCUUGGCGUGGACCUGUCCGAAUCGACCGCGCGCGAGCCCAGCGAAAGAGCAUGGGUAACUCUGCUGGUUGGCAAUAGUGCCAACAGCACCGCUGCAGUGGAAAUGCAGAUACUCUCCGUGCAGCGUUUCUCGUCGUAUCCUCACAUCACCAUGGUCACCCCAGACGUGAACGACGAGAGCCUCGCAAGACUGCGGGAGAUGGGCAGCGUGGUCGUGCCCGUUGGCUAUGUCACGGAUUCCCUGGGCGCCACCCUCAUAUUGGUCGGGGGUCUUCAGCAAGGUGCACAUGUUCAACUUGACCCAGCAUGCAAAACAAGUAGCGUAUGUGGACACUGA